GCUCGGAGGCGGGGCGGGGCGGAGCUAGUGCGAGUGGGCGCUGCGGCUCUCGGCGCCGCGUCACUGUGCUCGCCGGGCCGAGGUCGUCUCGGGUGAGGUGGUCGCCCCGGAAGCGGCUGCGCCUGUGCCCCUGGCUGUUGGAAGACGCCCUCGGCGGAGUGUGGUUGUUAAGGGGCGCGGCGUCUGCCCGCUGCCUCCACCUUCCCCGCCGCAGCCAUGACGAAAGGCGGAGUCGUGGAAAGAUCGCAAACGGGGGCCCUCCACGCGACCCCCGCGGGGGACAAGGCGGCAGGGACGCGGGGCCCCUCGGCCCCGGGCGGCGGAGACCGCCUAAAGGAGAGAGCCUGUGCAGAAGCUGGGUCAGCAAGAAUGUCGCUUCUUAUACUGGUGUCCAUUUUCUUAUCUGCAGCUUUUGUUAUGUUUUUGGUAUAUAAAAAUUUUCCUCAGCUUAGUGAAGAAGAAAGAGUGAAUAUGAAGGUUCCCAGAGAUAUGGAUGAUGCCAAGGCUCUAGGAAAAGUUUUAUCCAAAUACAAGGACACCUUUUAUGUACAAGUACUUGUAGCAUAUUUUGCUACAUAUAUUUUCUUGCAAACAUUUGCUAUUCCGGGCUCUAUAUUCCUCAGCAUACUCUCAGGGUUUCUAUAUCCCUUCCCACUGGCCUUAUUUCUUGUUUGUUUGUGUUCUGGACUCGGUGCCUCCUUCUGCUAUAUGCUCUCCUAUUUAGUUGGGAGGCCAGUGGUGUACAAAUACCUAACAGAGAAAGCAGUGAAAUGGUCACAGCAGGUCGAACGUCAUAGAGAACAUCUCAUUAACUACAUCAUAUUUUUGAGAAUAACACCGUUUCUGCCUAAUUGGUUCAUUAAUAUUACGUCUCCUGUGAUAAACGUGCCGCUGAAAGUUUUUUUUAUUGGCACUUUUCUAGGAGUUGCACCUCCCUCCUUUGUUGCGAUUAAGGCGGGAACAACACUGUACCAGCUCACAACUGCGGGGGAGGCAGUUUCCUGGAACUCGGUGUUUGUUCUCAUGGUCUUGGCUCUGCUUUCUAUUCUGCCAGCCAUCUUCCAAAAAAAGCUGAAGCAGAAAUUUGAGUGAAUAAUCAUCUGGUUUUUAGUUUUCCUGUCGUCGUCAUCUCAGAAUUGGCAGGUUUCUGUGUUAAAAUCACUUCUCUAGUCAUUGAAACAAAGAGUUUGUAAAGUAAAAUUUCUUAUCACAUGGUUAACAUGAUGCAUUUAAGUGGCAAAGGAGAGAAGAAGGUAAAGGUGGGUUGGCAUACCCUGCAGAGAGCCAUCAGCAGUCACGGCCGUCUCCUGAGUUCCUUUGCCAGGGGCGGCUGUGGAGGAGAAGCGUAGCGGCACGUGGCAGGACGUUCUUGGCCCAACCGAUUAACUCCACUUAAAAUGUUCUGUGGACUGGCCGUACGUGCUUGCCCUUGACCUGAUCAUUUAACAUGUUUCUAUUCUGUACUAAUAGCUGAAGUAGGAAACGCAAAUAGAAAGCGAAGACACCGCGUUACUGUUCUGUCGUUAGGCGACUUUGAGAGCGAGAGCUGAAGAGCCAAAGCUCAAGAGCUGCACCUUUCUUCCCCUUUACCUUUGAGGUGAUGGAUUUGUUUGGCAGCUGCAUCUUAGUGGACUGCUGAAUUUGCAAAAAUGUCGAGUUAUAUCCAUUGAGUGAAUUUUUAUCUUCUGUUCUGGAUUAUCAUGGAUUAGUCUGAAAUUUAAAAUUCUGACCAGUCUAUUUUCAUCUUUUUUUCUAGCUUUCACAGUGUCCCCACUGUGCACAUACAAACUGGUAAUUACAUGGUGAUUGUAUCGUAUUGGUGUUGGUCGUUUAUAUUCAGAUGAUACUUUGUUAGGCAGCCCCUCUGUGAUCUCAAAGGGGAUCCAAAGAGCAGACUGCGCGUUCACAGUUUGUAGGGUUAGAUUAAUUAUAUUACUUUACAUUUCGAAACAAGCAGUGGCAGUACAGCACUUAAGAGGUUGAAUAUAGUUUAUUUGUUCCAAUGACUGUAAAAUUUACCUCAUUUAUUUAUUAGGCUGUUGUUAAAAUAUGUAUUAUGUAAUUAUCCUUUUUAUGCAUGAUACAUAAGAAUGCCUUGUUUUAUUUCUGUUAAUGGCUUUUUUGUUUGGGGCUGCUUUUGAUGAAUGCAGUUUCCCAAUUUAGUGUUUUUACUUUUUAUAUCUCAAAAAAAAAUUCUCAUAUGGUAACUAACAUAUUUAAACAGUCCUGGAAAAACUAAACAGCUGUUUGCUGCUUGCUGAAUGGUACCCUCAAUUCCUGGGUUCUAGGACGAAAAGUACUCUGUCCCUUUAACUCUCACCCAGGACUGUCGUGUGGAAAAGUGCUUUAGCUGCGGGAGAAAUCCUUGUGUGUUUUUACUGUGGGAGCUAUGCUCAUCCGCAAAGCCUGUUUCUACUGCAUAAUGUGGACUGAUUAUUUUUUCUAUCACAGUAUUAACAAAUGGAUUUAUUGUAAAUACAAAGAAAAUAUAUUAAUAUACUAUUCUUAUGUCA